CAUCAGCACAUUUCUAGGAAGGAAUUCCCCCCACCCCCAUCAUAGAGCCCUAAUAUCCGUUUAAAAAUGGCUUUAGUCAUUUUAUCGGGUUCGAAUUUCAGCGAAUUCGGUUUAAAUGACUCCUGCUCUGCAUUCCUGGGUUACAUUAAAAUGUAGCAGAUGGGGGUGUGUGGGCUUUGAGGGUGUAAAUUUUUUAUGUGGUUACUGUUAAUUCAAGACCAACGAAGGCUGGUUGGGUCAUUUAAAAAAGGCUUCUCUAGGAGGAAGCCUCAAGCUUCACCCAUGUUUUUCCGGGCGCGCCCCGGAGGCAUAAAUUGCGGGAUGAUCUUUUUGAGUGUGGAGGACGGGGGCGCGUCUGUCGUCUUCGGGAGAGAUGCACGUCUGGAUUCAAGCCUAAAAGCCCAAAGCCUUGUACCUGGAGCCGGGUGAAGGUUCCGCCCGGGUCCCUGGGAAGGAGUCCCGGGGGUCUCGGAGCCGGACAAGGUGCUCGUGGGCGUGCGCCGCCUCGGUAGCCCGAGGCCCCCAGUUCUCCGCUACGCUGUGCCGCAGCUCCGUCUUGCUCCCACCGGGCCGCCAGGUUUCCCGCGUUACCGCGUCGUCUCUUGACCGCCUCCCUCGAGCGGACAGCGGCGCACAUCUGCCUCGUGCCCGGGGCCCGCCCCCGGGCCGCGCUGCCCACGCCCAGAGCCUUCCGCCGGUCUGGCCCAGCGCAGUGCAGCAGAGCGCGCUCCCGCUCGGGGCUGGCCCGGCUCGCGCGCACGCGCGCAGGGACCCCCCCCCCCCCGCCCCCAGAGUGGGGUGGGGGCAAAGGGGGGCGGCACGGGGGGAGGGGAAGGAGGCGGAGGAGGCGGCCGCAUCGCCUCCGGCGGGGCUCGAGCUCGCCCUCGCGCGUGCCCUCCGCAGCGCCCGAGCCCCGCGAGGGUGAAACGCUUUCUCCCGGCAUGCAGCGGGAGGAGGGAUUUAAUACCAAGAUGGCGGACGGCCCGGAUGAGUACGAUACCGAAGCGGGCUGCGUGCCCCUUCUCCAUCCAGAGGAAAUCAAACCCCAAAGCCAUUAUAACCAUGGAUAUGGUGAAUCUCUUGGACGGAAAACUCAUAUUGACGAUUACAGCACAUGGGACAUAGUCAAGGCUACACAAUAUGGAAUAUAUGAACGCUGCCGAGAAUUGGUGGAAGCAGGUUAUGACGUACGGCAACCAGACAAAGAAAAUGUUACACUCCUCCAUUGGGCUGCCAUCAAUAACAGAAUAGAUUUAGUCAAAUACUAUAUUUCGAAAGGUGCUAUUGUGGAUCAACUUGGAGGAGACCUAAAUUCCACUCCAUUGCACUGGGCCACAAGACAAGGUCAUCUAUCUAUGGUUGUGCAACUAAUGAAAUAUGGUGCAGAUCCUUCAUUAAUUGAUGGAGAAGGAUGUAGCUGUAUUCAUCUGGCUGCUCAGUUUGGACAUACCUCAAUUGUUGCUUAUCUCAUAGCAAAAGGACAGGAUGUAGAUAUGAUGGAUCAGAAUGGAAUGACACCUUUAAUGUGGGCAGCUUAUAGAACACAUAGUGUGGAUCCAACUAGAUUGCUUUUAACAUUCAAUGUUUCAGUUAACCUUGGUGACAAGUAUCACAAAAACACUGCUCUGCAUUGGGCAGUACUAGCAGGGAAUACCACAGUCAUUAGUCUUCUUCUGGAAGCUGGGGCUAAUGUUGAUGCCCAGAACAUCAAGGGCGAAUCAGCACUUGAUUUGGCAAAGCAGAGAAAAAACGUGUGGAUGAUCAACCAUUUGCAAGAGGCGAGACAAGCAAAAGGAUAUGACAAUCCAUCUUUCCUUAGAAAGCUGAAAGCUGAUAAGGAAUUUCGGCAGAAAGUAAUGCUAGGAACUCCAUUCCUAGUUAUUUGGCUGGUUGGGUUUAUAGCAGACCUAAAUAUUGAUUCUUGGCUCAUUAAAGGGCUAAUGUAUGGUGGCGUUUGGGCUACAGUACAAUUUCUUUCAAAAUCCUUUUUUGAUCAUUCAAUGCAUAGUGCAUUGCCCCUUGGAAUAUAUUUGGCAACCAAAUUCUGGAUGUAUGUAACGUGGUUCUUCUGGUUUUGGAAUGAUCUCAACUUUUUAUUUAUCCAUCUUCCAUUCCUUGCCAAUAGUGUUGCACUUUUCUACAAUUUUGGAAAAUCUUGGAAAUCAGAUCCAGGGAUUAUUAAAGCUACAGAAGAACAAAAGAAAAAGACAAUAGUUGAACUUGCAGAGACAGGAAGUCUGGACCUCAGUAUAUUCUGCAGUACCUGUUUGAUACGGAAACCAGUGAGGUCCAAACAUUGUGGUGUGUGCAACCGCUGCAUAGCAAAAUUUGAUCAUCAUUGCCCAUGGGUGGGUAACUGUGUAGGUGCAGGCAACCAUAGAUACUUUAUGGGCUACCUAUUCUUCUUGCUUUUUAUGAUCUGCUGGAUGAUUUAUGGUUGUAUUUCUUACUGGGGACUUCACUGUGAGACCACUUACACCAAGGAUGGAUUUUGGACAUAUAUUACUCAAAUUGCUACAUGUUCACCUUGGAUGUUUUGGAUGUUUCUGAACAGUGUUUUUCAUUUCAUGUGGGUGGCUGUAUUACUCAUGUGUCAGAUGUACCAGAUAUCAUGUUUAGGUAUUACUACAAAUGAAAGAAUGAAUGCCAGAAGAUACAAGCACUUUAAAGUCACAACAACAUCUAUUGAAAGCCCAUUCAACCAUGGAUGUGUAAGGAAUAUUAUAGACUUCUUUGAAUUUCGAUGCUGUGGCCUCUUUCGUCCUGUUAUCGUGGACUGGACCAGGCAGUAUACAAUAGAGUAUGACCAAAUAUCAGGAUCUGGGUACCAGCUCGUGUAGCAACAUCUUUAUUCUAUGAAGCAUAUUGCUGAGUGGUGCCUGAAAAUUGUGUCUGUCCGUGUCUCUCUCACACUCGAAUCCACAUUUUUUGAACAAUAGCAUGCUAUAUGUAGGGCUAACAGUGAAUUUUACAGUCUUUUUUCCAACACUUUUAUUAACAAAAGUAAACAUGGACAGAGCACACUGCCACUUCUGGGAAGAAUAAAGAUCAUAAAAGGAAUUUUAAUGGUUCUUAAUGUGGGAAUUCACAACAUACUCAACUUUUUGGUUUUGUUCUCAUAACAUUUUUCAUGAAUAAAGAGUGAACUUAUUCUGGUGACAGACAUGGUAUACUGAUCAGAAAUGUUCGAUUCUAGCUAACACUAAAUUUAUGGUAUACAGCUAAAUUUUAUGAUGCAAUCUACUAUGACUAUUGCAUUUAAUUCCGGGAGAGUUGUCUUAAAUUGAUUCAGGCUAAUAUUAUGUACAUUUUAGAAUGUACAUGUAAAUACUGUGAUAAAAAUCAUGUGGUUUUAUUAGGGAUCUACUGUAAUAUGUCUUCAAGGGCACAAGAAAAUAAUGUUCACAAAAAUAUGUGCUAACAAUAUUUUGUUGCCAUCAGCUGUUGCAACAUACCAGCUGAUAUAUUUCUAGUUCAGUGAAAUAAUUUGUAGUAACCUUGCUCUGAGGUUUUAUGGUCUGAUAAUAAAGCACUUGCAUGAGUAUAGUAAGUCAUGUUAUUUUGUUCAAACUUAAAAGCCCUACUAAGUGCAUGAUACACCUCAUAGAAUGUAUACUAGCACAUACUAUCCAGUAAAGCUUAAAUUAGAAUUUAAUUUGAUGUGCAGACAGUCCAAUUUUUAAGAGUUGAGGUAAUUUCAAGGCAGAACAAAUAAGUUAAUGCAAAAUUCUCAGUAAUAGAGAUAAAUGGGUAUACUUCUAGAAUUCUGAGCUGCAAAAUAAAUUGUAGACAAAAUAAUGGAGUUUAGCUCAAGAUGGAGCAUGAUCUCUGUACAUAUAGCACAUGUGAAUAAAAGAAAAGCUAAUGGUAUAUUCUGGUUUUUAAAAAGUGACCUAUCAGAAAGAAUUUAAUACUCAAGAUUAUUUCAAUUUUCCCAAUAUUGAAUGUUUUAAAAUUUGUUAAUGCUGUCUGAAACAAUUUCAGAAAGAUUUUCUUAUUGUUAAAUGUAAUGCACUGAUCAAUUUUUGUUGCAGCAUUUCCAUACUCUCACGGUGAACUAUUAGUCACUGCUUCCAUAAAUAUUGUUUACAGAGUGAGACUUGGUUUAGUCCUCUUAAGUGCUGUAGCAAACUGUGGUUCGAGCAACCUGUGGCAAACCUGUGAGAGGGAAUGGGCUUGGGGGAGGGUGGGAGAAGGGUGGUCAGACUGCUGACAGAUCCUAGACCAGUGUAAAGAUUGUGUAUCUGUAUAUAAAUAAUUUAUCAAAUAGUUUUCUCUUUGUGUCUCUAUGUGUUAGUGUAUUUAAAGCUGCUCAUUUCAUUUUAUCCAACCAAAAAGAAAAGGGAGAUAACUAAUGAGCUUCUAGUGAUGUUCAAUAUUGCUGUUAAUAGGCAUUAUACCCUGCAAGUUCACUGCAUGUCUGAUGCUUGGUAAAAUUAGUAUUCUCUGUAAAAUGCAGAUUAAAGGUAUUAAAGCAAUCUAGUGGUAUACCCGCCCCUUGCCUUAGUAAGAGGAGCAGUGAAAUGUAUAUAGUUGAUGUUCAGUAUUUCCAAGUACCAUUUUUAUAUAGUAGUUUCUUUGACCAUAAGUCACACAUCAAAAAGAUUACCUUUAGUGUAUUUGAGUGUUUUAAUAUUAGAAAAUUGGCAUAUGUACUUUAUUUUUGAAAAGGGAAGAGAUGGGUGUGGGGUGGCAAUAGCAUUGUGCCAUUUUGUCAUAGAAUGUAAAAAAUUGGUUAACUUUACAAAUGUCUCUGCUAGUUUUGACUACUAAUUGGGGGAAAUUUUAGAUAAUUUUUAAAUUCAAAGUUAUUUAUAAAAGGCUAGAAUUUCUUUUAAUUUUUUUGUAUUUUGAGCCACUUCACAUGAAGACUCAGUUGCAAUUUUUAUUGAAUACAUUUUUAUUAACAGUCGAAUACAAUGGUGGUAUUCUCAGAGUUUGGAUAAGAGUGUUGUUACCAUGUUCUUUCUUUGUGGUACAAUAUUCUUUUCAGUGCAAAAGAGAUGUCUUUCAGUUAAAUAGAAAAAGUCUUCUAGAUCUAUAAGUACAUGGAACAUAUUAGCAAUGUUAAUGCUUUAGUACUAACCAUCUCACAGUAGAUGGUCAGAUGGUCAGGAGCCAACUAUGCAGCAGCGUACUGUACCGUCUAUUUACUUAUUUUGUAAGUCUUGUGUGUGGAACCAGUUUAACCCGGUUUUAAAGUUGGGUAUGAAGGUGACCCUUCUGGGAAUAGUUCAUAUCAGCUUAAUUGGAUACUUUUAGCAAAUAGGAACUUACUUCUCAGCCCUGAACAUGAAUUACUUCCUUGGAGGUUUUUUUUUCUUCAUAUUUUUUGUUGUUCCCAGGAGUUUAUUUGAAAUAUUAAUAGGCAUAAAACAGCAUCAUUAUACUUAAGCUAUGGGUAUUUUUAUUUUAUAUUUUCUUUAUUUAUAACUGUGCCAAGUAUUAUUUUACUACUUACCAUGUUACUCUAUGGAAAGAAAAACCUGUAAAGUGUUUAAUAAAUUAGCUCUCCUUACAUAAAUUAAAUGUCAAAAUUUUGUAAAAUAUUAAUCAGAAUAAAUAUUGACUCUUAA